AUGGAGACGACAACCGAAUUCGCCGACACCACUGAUCAUUCCAUCUACGGCCUCGUCGUUUUUCUCGUCAUUUUGAUAUUUUUCGCAUCAUUAACCACUGGAUUAAUUCUAUGUUUGCUCAAAAUCUGGUGCACGUUUCAUCAGCAGCGUCGAAAUUCCAACGUCGAUCAGCGAGCGCGCCGCUCGAUUGUUCGCGGCUCGCCAAACUUUGACACCGACAGCGAUGAUGAGUCUGAAAACCAGAAUACAUUAAGAACUCGCCGAUUCUCUACCCGACUGAUGAGCUACGUGAGCAGAACCCUAGAGAAGCGUGAGAGUAGAAAAAGCAUACCAAAAAUGGAAAUGGAGCAGCCGCAAGUACACGGAAACGGCAUUCGAAAGCCGCCGGAAAUCAACAUAGAUCCAUCUUCUGGAGCUAUGGAAGAAAUGCUAGCCGGACUCCAAUGUCAGCCAAAGCCUCGAAUUAUUGAUGAAAACGACCCAACCGCAGUAAUUGAUGUUUAA